GCCUUCCUCCCCCCGCGACCGCCCACGCGUAACCGCCCGCCUGGGUGGGAGGGUUCGAGCCCGUAACGGAAAGCAACCACCGUAACCGCGUGCGCCUCCCGCGGCCCGGCUAUAAAUCCCCGCGCCGCCAGCCCCCGUUCACCCUACAAUCUUCAAGGCGUCGCGACAGGCAAAGACAUCGAUCAAUCGCCACCAGCGCGUAGAGAGAGAGAGUCACCGGAGAAGGGAGGAAUCACCAGCGCCAGCGCCACCGCCAUGGGCAAGGUCCGCUCCUUCUUCUCCCGCAGCGGCAAGCGCGGCGCCGGCUCGUCCUCGCCGGCCUCCUCCGCGGCGGGCAGCGCGCCGUCGUCCCCGUCCCCGUCGUCCCCGGCGCCGGCGGCGGAGAAGGACGAGAUGGAGCGCGUGUUCCGCAAGUUCGACGCGAACGGCGACGGCCGGAUCUCGCGGUCGGAGCUGGCGGCGCUGUUCGAGGGCGUGGGCCACGCGGCCACCGACGACGAGGUGUCGCGCAUGAUGGAGGAGGCCGACGCGGACGGCGACGGCGCCAUCAGCCUGCCCGAGUUCGCCGCGCUCGUGCGCUCCGCCGACGCCGACGCCGACGCCGUCGAGGAGGACCUGCGCCACGCCUUCAUGGUCUUCGACGCCGACGGCAACGGCCUCAUCACGCCCGCCGAGCUCGCGCGCGUCCUGCGCGGGCUCGGGGAGGCCGCCACCGUCGCGCAGUGCCGCCGCAUGAUCCAGGGCGUCGACCGCAACGGCGACGGCCUCGUGUCCUUCGACGAGUUCAAGCUCAUGAUGGCCGCCGGCGGAGGUUUCGGCAGGAUGGCCUCCUCUUCUUAGGCAGUUUGUUUGGGCAAGCCCUCUGUCCUCUGCCGCUCCGCGCUGCUCUGCUCGGCUCUCACAGAUUGGAUUCGUUCGUUGAAUCGCACUGUACAUACGUAACAGCGAGAUCCAAGAGAUCGUCGCCACCAAGGUAAUUAGUAGGCCCAUACCACACGGACAACACAACAUGAAAAAAAAAUAGCACGAUUGGUUCUGUAUAAAUAUGAUACCUGUAUGGCCAAUGCGCAUCCAUUGUAUGGAUGUUGAAUGUUUUGUUCUGGUUCCAGUUCGAAUCAUAUGGUUUCCACUUUUCA